AUCAUAGAGAAACGACUAGGAUGAAAGUUUUUGAAUCAGAGGAGAAGAAAUCGAAAACGAAGAAGCUCAAGUUCAUGAAAAACAAAACUAGGGUUUCAAAAUCGGAGACAACGAUGAAGCCCAAGUUAUUGAAAAAAAGCAUUAGGGUUUCAAAAUCGGAGCGGAAGUCGACGGUCAACAAAUCGAAGAGCCGUAGAAAACUCUCAGAGGAGGAGUUGAUGGAGAGAACAAUGAUAUGCGGAGGUACAGUUGUGGCAUAUGACCGAGAUGAUUCCAGCAGAUGUUUCCUCGGAGAGCAUCUCAAAUCUCUUGUCAACCUAGCAAUUGAUUUCUAUAACACAAACAAUUGCAAGGAUUAUCGUAUGGUGUACCUGGUGAGAGCAAUGUACGAAUCUUGCCAGGGUUCUUUGUACUAUAUGACGAUGACCGCCAAGCUGCCGAACCAAGAUGAUUCCGAUGCCGUAACUUUCGAGGCAGAGGUUUACGAGGGAAUCCCAGACACUGUAGUACGCUAUGUUCGUGUGCUCGAUGAUGCACCUUCACUUUCACCUCUCUCUGUUUAGCUGCUGCUAUUUAUCGGUAAUUUCAUUUUUCAUUUUUUAUUUUUUAUUUUUUUCUUUCCCAUUUGAUUGAUAAUAGUACCGUUAAUUAAUGUCAUCUCGGUCUAGAGUAUGUUCAUAUAUAUAUAUGUAUGGUCUUUACGUGUAGGGAAUUUAAUCUGUUAACCAGCAUGU